AUGAUACGUGCUACACAUUCAGACCACUUCUUUCUUUCUUUCUUUCUUUCUUUCUUUCUUUCUUUCUUUCUUUCUUUCUUUCUUUCUCUGAGUGAUAACACCAUAGGACAUGAUACGUGCUACAUUCAGACCACUUCUUUCUUUUUUCUUUCUUUCUUUCUUUCUUUCUUUCUUUCUUUCUCUGAUGAUAACACCAUAGGACAUGAUCCGUGCUACACAUUCAGACCACUUCUUUCUUUCUUUAUUUCUUUCUUUUUUCUUUCUUUCUCUGAUGAUAACACCAUAGGACAUGAUACGUGCUACAUUCAGACCACUUCUUUCUUUCUUUUCUUUCUUUCUUUCUUUCUUUCUUUCUUUCUUUCUCUGAUACCACUUCUUUCUUUUUUCUUUCUUUUCUUUCUUUCUUUCUUUCUUUCUUUCUUUCUUUCUCUGAUGAUAACACAAAAGGACAUGAUACGUGCUACACAUUCAGACCAUUUCUUUCUUUCUUUCUUUCUUUCUUUCUUUCUUUCUUUCUCUGAUGAUAACACCAUAGGACAUGAUACGUGCUACACAUUCAGACCACUUCUUUCUUUCUUUUUUCUUCUUUCUUUCUUUCUUUUCUUUCUUUCUCUGAUGAUAACACCAUAG